AUGGGAAACCUCCUAGGGUUAACAAUGAAACGACUUGUGAAUGCGGUCAUUCUUUUCAUAAGCUUGGGAUGCAAAGCCCAUAGUUGGCAUGAUCCGGGCAUGGCCUAUGGAUUUGACAAUAUCGAACCUUCAUCCAACCUCACCUGGACACCAUGCUUCGAUGAUUUCACAUGCUCUAGACUGGAAGUUCCUUUGGAUUAUUCAAACAGAGAUCUUGGCACGACAUCAAUCGCCUUCAUCAAACUGGCUGGCAAGAAUGCUACUGUCGGGUCCCCAAGCAUUGUACUCAUCCCCGGUGGUCCGGGUGGUUCUGGUAUUGACCUCGUCCUCACAUACCGGACCCUUACGGGGCAAAUUUUCGGAGAGCAGUACAACUUCGUCUCCUUUGACCCUCGUGGUGUGAACAACAGCGAGUUAAUCCUCGACUGCUUUUCGGGAAAUACAGAAGCAAGAUUAGCCUUCAAUCGACUGCACAGUACAGGCGCCACCAACGUCUCAUCAACAUCGCUUGAGGAACAGUACUAUUCAAGCUCUAUCUACGGGGAGUGGUGCAACGAUGCUGUCAAGAACAAGUUGCGUAAUGGGUAUUAUGUGACUACACCGGCCGUCGCCCAGGAUUUGCUCACAUUUACGGAAGCCGAGGCCCAGGUGGCCGGUCAAUCACCACUAGACGCCAAAUUGUGGUGUUAUGGCAUCAGUUACGGCACUGUCAUAGGAAGCACUUUCGCUUCAAUGUUUCCUGGCCGAGUUGGAAGAAUGAUACUCGAUGGUGUUGUGAACGCAGAGCAAUAUUACAACAAUGACUGGCGAGACAACGUCGAUCAGAUGGACGAGGCAAUGGAAAGUUUCUCGAGUUUCUGCCACUCCGCAGGUCCUGAAAAGUGCUCCUUCUGGGGACCCACGCCAGCGCACAUCACGACCAGAAUGGACGGCAUCAUUCAUCACCUUCAGAACCAUCCGGUGCCGGUGAGCGGAGUCCAAAGUCGAGACCUGCCGACACUGGUCACAUAUUCAGAUCUGAAGGCUCUUUUCCUGAGCAGUAUCUACACCCCACUGGCGAAAUUCCCACUCAUGGCGGACAUCCUACACCAACUCGAGCGUGGGAAUGUAUCUGCACUUGUGGGAAUGUUUGAUGGGUUGAAUUCUACGUCUGAUGCCCGUCUCGCCAUCCAGUGCGCAGAUUCGUACCGGAGAAAUGGGCUUACUACCAUUGAAGAAUUCAAGAGAUACGUCGAGUACACUAUUUCCAAGAGCAAGUAUAUCGGUGAUAUAUAUCCUAUCUUCUUGGAAACCAUCUUGUGUAGAUCAUUCCGACCGCAGUUGCCUGAUAGCAUGGUGGUUCAAGGUGGGUAG